CUCCACCUUCCGUAGCUCCCCGGCUCUGACGUCACGGGCUGCUCUGAAGCGCUAGCCUUGUUGAACUUUGUGUGUUUAGGUUUUUUUUCUUGACGCAGCUUUUCUUCGUUGUUUCGCGUCUCAAACUGCGCAGAGUUGUCCGGAAGAGCCGGACUGAAAAGCUGCUGUUGAUGAGUGUGAGGAGAGGGAACCAUGCUCCGCUGCAGGAGGUGUCGCAAAGGUGUGAUAGACUCAACAUGUUUGUCCCCGGAGGAGGCGACAGAGGAGAGCUCGGGUGCUAUUUGCAGUAUUUGGCACGUGAACGUUGACGCGCUGCCGGACUGGAUCCUGACCUCAGUUCACCAGGCCCAGUGGACUGUGGGGAAACUGAACUGCCACAACUGCAGCGCUCGUUUGGGCGGCUUCAACUUCAUCAACCACACUAAGUGUCCCUGUGGCCAGGACGCCACCGUCCACCUCAACAAAAGCCGCGUGGAUCGUGACCACAAGCACCACGUCCUCAUCGUCCAGCCGAGGAGGACGAGGCCUGAGAAGGGACGUGCUGCUCCGCCGACAGACAGCGCCGAGAACAACGCGGAGACGUUUAACGGGACAGAACCGGACAGUUUACAGGUCUACUGUGCCGCCGUCACGUCCCACAUCCGCCCUGAAGAGGCGUCGAGUUCACCGAGUGAAAACCAGUCGUUUCCCUUCAGUCCUCUGUACUGCAUCUCUCACAGGAGAAGGGGCAGUUUGGAGGAUGGCGCCACCUUCAGGUCGUCUUGUUUUUGCCCUGCGAGCCUCAUGGACAGGUCUGCGGCUGGUUUGACGUGGGCGGGGCCAGAUGAUGAGUCGACGUGGUCACCUGUCUCGUGUCCCACGCGUCAGGACGCGGACGGUGAAGCCUCAGGCGACGCUGACGCCUUCGGUUCACUUGGAGGGAGGCGGUUGCUCCUGGAUCAACCGCUGCUGCCAACUGUGGACACGGUGGAGUCGUCUGUGGCGACCACGACCAGCCACGAAGACGCUUCUGACUCAACCCUGUUCCUCAGAGGAAGAACCGUCUCCGACAGUGUAGCUGAGCGGGACGAGGAAACGGAGCCUCGAGCCUCUUCCGCCUCCCCAGCCUCGAUCAGCCGGAGAAGAAAAGAGAGGAACCGUCUGAAGGGUCUGCGACGGAAACAGAGGAGGAGAGAGCGCUGGCUGCACCGAUGGCAGGAGCAGGCCGAGAGUUUGAGCAGGUCCCUGGUGGACAGCGAGGAGGAAGACCGAGAGGGUCUGACCUGCGCCGUGUGUCUCGACGUCUUCUUCAGCCCGUACAGCUGCCAGCCCUGCGCUCACGUCUUCUGUGAGCCGUGUCUUCGCACGCUUGCCAAGAACCGACACACGAACACGCCCUGCCCUCUCUGCCGCACCCUCAUCUCGCACACCGACUUACACGAAGAGCUCAACCAGACGGUGAAGACCUUCUUCCCUAAAGUUUACUACGGCCGCCAGCUGAACUUCAAGAAGGCUCCGUGCGCAAAGUGGCCGCUGCCCAGCUGUCGCUCAUGCUUCCGUACCUUCUGGGGGUAUCAGAGACACGUAGCCACGGUGAGGGGACGCUGGCACUUCGCCCACGGAGCCUUCCCGCUGGACGCCCUGAACUUCACCGACAUGCGCGGCUGGCUCUUCGACGUCGGCCUCUUCGUCGACUACGUCCGCUCCGUCAACUGGAUCCUGGCUUUCCUGCUCCUCUGCUUCCUCGUGUACUUUUUCUUCUUUUGAGGAGCCGAGGACGAUUGAGAGUUUGCAGUGCCGGUUUAUCAGUCUUCAUUUUUUCUCUUGAGAGAUUUUCUGACUUUGAGAAAGUCUCAUCGAGUUUAUGUUGAAGGAAACGAUAAAACCAGAUGUAAAAGAAAAUGGAAGCGUUCACACUGUGUGAAGAGUUCAUUGUCUUACUGAAAGUAAACGACGAAGACAAUCAGGUGAAUCAUUUGAAUAUGCAACUGUGAAUUAUUUUAAUUUGAACAUAAAGGGUUUGAUUUAGUAUUUUAAUCUCCAGGAGAUUAAAACAUCUCUUUUUGAGUUCUGUUUGCUGGAUUGUUCAAUAGUAAUAUGAAAAACACUGAGCCACAUAAAUAUUACAAAUUAUUUAUGAAUAAUAAAAGUGUCUAAAUAGAUUUUACUUUAUUCUA